CAAAGCCUCACCGACACGUUCGUGAUCCGAAGAGCUGUUUGUGGUGUCGGGGUCCGGCGACGUCGUCCCAUGCCGAUGAGUGCCGCCCGGUAUUGCUAUUCGGCGUCGAAUCCGUUGCAAGCUCAUGUCGUCGAAGCGUAAUUCUGCCAGCGAGGAAUUCGGAACCGCGAGGGUGGACCGUGGGCUAAUGUCCAGCCGAUCACGUAUCAGGGCCGGGAUGGGUCACCGAGACGACGAGGCGGAUCCUGCUGUAUUUUCAAGUCGGAGAAAUUGCGGGAUGCCUGACAUUUGUUGCCUUGCCAGAUGAUGACGUUGAGCCGACAGCUUGGCAAGUCAAGGCAGGCAAGGCAUAGGCUGUGAAUGAAUGAACCCCUCGAGCAAAGGUUCCCGUUAUUUCGGACGCUGCUGUGCCUGCACCUUUCACUUGUUGCACGGGUGCGUGUUGUGUUGGAGCGUUGUAUGUUCUGUUCGGCUUUGUCGUGGCUGGCUGGAAGCCAAUGGUGACCUAAUGGUUUUAGUGAGUAGUAUUCUCUGAAAUGGAGUUUUAAGAGACCCAGCAUUUUUCAUAGGUUGGGUCGGCAGGCAGAUUCGAGCUCUUCGAUCUAGAAGGUUAAAAUGAGUUCCGGCAUGCGAACUGGAUGGGACGGCGACGGGGAUCGGGUCCCAUUGGAACGGUCGCACCACAAGGUGCGGCUCGUGCAGCUAAUUAAGCAUCACCUGCGGGACUGGGUGUGGAUUGGGGUUAUGAUUGUCCUGGAGAUUAUUGUCUACGUUGUGAUCCCCCCAUUCCAACGUUUCGUGGAUGAAGAUAAAAUGCAGGACUACAAGUACCCAACAGGUCCAGACACUGUACCAGUGUGGUCCAUUGGGGUUGUGGCUGUUCUGGUUCCGUUUCUUUUCUUUGUCGCGUACUACGUCAGGAGGAGGAGUAUUCGUGAUUUCCACAAUGCUUUUCUUGGUCUUGCAACAGCGAUCACUCUGACUGCACUUUUCACUGAUUCCGUAAAGAACAUGGUUGGAAUGCCGCGUCCCGACUUCUUCGAUCGAUGUUUUCCUGAUGGUAUCGCGGUAUACACCAAUGACGAGCAUAGACGAGCAAUUUGUCAUCCCACUAACAUGAAGGAGUACAAUGAUGGUUUUAAAAGUUUUCCUAGCGGCCAUGUAUCAUGGUGCUUUGCUGGCCUUGGUUACUUGUCACUGUACUUGGCGGGAAAACUGAGCCUUUUUGACAAGAGAGGCUACUCUUCCAGAGUGUUUUUCGUGCUGUUUCCUCAAUUGGUUGCGGUUUUGAUUGCAAUUUCUCGGGUGAACGAUUACCAACAUCGGUGGGUGGACAUCAUUGGUGCAGCAAUCUUAGCACUUCCUAUUGCAUACUUCUGUUACAGGCAACAUUUCCCAAGUAUCUAUGCCGGAUCAUGGGCUGGAUAUCCUUUCGAAUACGAACCGCAAGGAAUUUUUAGUCAUGGCCUUCACGGUCCUAAAGCAAUUCCUUCUACAAAUGCUCCACAGAACGAUCUGGAAAUGGGCAGAACGGACAAGAGGAGGGUGGACGGAGAAUCUCUUGAAAUGCAGUAGAGGACUUGGACUUGCUCUGCCCGUGGUUUUGUAGAAGUGAAUUUAGAUGUAGGGGCAUUGAAACCCUGAAGCUUAAGAUGUUCUGUUAGCGAUUAAAACAAAAAAAGGAAAAAAAAAAAGCAUACGAUUUGUAUGAAAUUAGACAUUGUGCAGAUGUGAAGUAGAAGUCUGAUAGAAGACCUCCAUCGUUUCAAGCAGACUGGCCAAUUUAUUAGAACCUUGACACCUUGGUUGAUUUAAUGGAUGAAACUUUUGUAUGACAGGCAGAGGAGUCAGAUAACAGGGGAAUUAGUCGAGAGCUUUGUUCUUUUGCUCUGUAUUUAUUUUCUUUCAUUCUGAACUACUUUUUUGUUUUAUA